AUGAGGAGCGGUAAGCUGACAGCCAGGGAACGGGUGGCGCUCUUGUUGGAUCCAGAGUCCUUCGUUGAGACGGACAUGUUUGUGGAGCAUCGCUGCUCUGACUUUGGCAUGGAGCACGACAGAAACAAGUUUCCUGGCGACAGUGUUGUGACAGGCCGAGGCAGGAUCAACGGCAGGCUGGUGUAUGUUUUCAGCCAGGACUUCACAGUGUUUGGUGGCAGCUUGUCUGGAGCUCAUGCUCAGAAGAUCUGUAAGAUCAUGGAUCAGGCUCUGACCGUUGGGGCUCCUGUCAUCGGACUGAACGACUCCGGAGGAGCUCGGAUCCAGGAGGGAGUGGAGUCCCUGGCUGGAUACGCAGAUAUAUUUCUGAGGAACGUGUUGGCUUCAGGAGUCGUCCCUCAGAUCUCUCUCAUUAUGGGUCCUUGUGCAGGAGGGGCUGUCUACUCCCCGGCCCUGACAGAUUUCACCUUCAUGGUUAAGGACACAUCAUACCUGUUCAUCACAGGACCAGAUGUUGUGAAGUCCGUCACCAAUGAAGAUGUGACUCAGGAGGAGCUCGGUGGAGCCAAAACUCACACUACUGUGUCGGGUGUGGCUCAUUGUGCUUUUGAGAAUGACGUGGAGGCUCUGCUCAACCUGCGGGAGUUCUUCAACUUCCUGCCCCUGAGCAAUCAGGACCCGGCCCCCAUCAGGGAGUGCCAUGACCCCAGCGAUCGCCUGGUGAAGUCCUUGGACACCAUUGUCCCAUUAGAGUCAACGAAGGCCUACGACAUGUUGGACAUCAUUCACGCUAUAGUAGACGAGAGGGACUUCUUUGAGAUUAUGCCCACCUAUGCUAAAAACAUUGUGGUGGGAUUUGCCAGAAUGAAUGGGCGCACUGUGGGCAUUGUGGGUAAUCAACCUAAAGUAGCUUCUGGUUGCUUGGACAUCAACUCGUCAGUGAAGGGAGCUCGUUUUGUUCGCUUCUGUGAUGCCUUCAACAUCCCCAUCAUCACUUUUGUAGAUGUCCCUGGCUUCCUUCCAGGUACUGCUCAGGAGUACGGAGGCAUCAUCAGACAUGGAGCCAAACUGCUGUUCGCUUUUGCAGAGGCCACUGUACCAAAAAUAACCAUUAUCACCAGAAAGGCUUAUGGAGGAGCUUAUGAUGUCAUGAGCUCCAAACACUUGAGAGGUGACGUGAACUACGCCUGGCCUACAGCGGAAGUUGCUGUCAUGGGUGCCAAGGCAUGA